CAGUAUAAACACUAAAAUCACUAGAGCUAAUUGCCGUUUAGGGCUAUAAGUAAAUUUUUUUUGGCGGGGACCUAAGUUUAGGAAGAACUCGCACAUAUAUUCAGGAGCAAAAAUAACGAAGGUAGUUUAAAAGAAUUUUGCUAUUGCCAGCUUACCCUUUUUCUCGUUGGUAAAAAGGAAGCGUGGGUGAAUUUUAAUAGGCCUCGAUGGGGGAUCCUUUUGUUCGUCCUGGCUUGGAAUACCAGCCUCACAUUGAGCAGGUUCUCCUACGCAAUGAAGGGAUCCUCACGUUAGAAACCAAAAAAGAAGAUUGGCUUCGCUAUCAACACCGCGAUACCCUCGCCACGAUGAUCCUGCAUCGCGAUCAGCUCGCUUAUCUUUCCUUAGCCGAAAACGUACCCCCCGCGAAGCUAGAGCGAAUUUUUAUGGAACGCAUAACCGAUCCUUUGCAUAAAAGGUGA